AUGUCUUUUUGGAUCUGUAAUGGAAGAUUUAAUGGUGGUUGCUAAUCUAAUGGAGACGACAAUAAAAAAUGGAGUUGCUCAGAGUUAUUUUGUGAUUUUGAUCUCUGUCAUACUUGUAUAUUGCAUUAUAGCAAGUUAUAUGAAGAUAGAGUACAAAGUAGUGAAGUUGUUUCAAUUGAAAAUGUUUCACUUUAGAAAUAUCCAAUGGACAGCAUUUAGCUUGGAGAAGCUGCAUUUCUUUUAUCUAAAUCGGAUGAAAUUAUUAUUGAUGAACAACAAAAUAUAGGGGAACUCAUUACUUAAUAAAUUAGCGAUGAGGUUGGUAAUGAAAUUAUGAGAACAAUUCAAGAGACUAUUGAGGGAGUAUUUCCAUUUGCAAAAGUAGCGUUUAAAGUUCUAAAUAUGUUGACUGGCUCAAACAGUGCUGCAGAAGCUGCUGAACAAAAGAAAAAGUAAUAGGAGGAGAUGAAAUCAAUGAUUAAAUAGGAAUUCUGGAAAUAUGAUUUGUACAAAACAAAUUAGCUAUUUUAAACAGAUAUUGAAGGAAUUAAGGCUGAAUUAGAAUUUAUGAGUGAGAAGAGAGAAACAACAUAAGUAUGGAAAGAAAAAGCUUUCAAUCUUGAUUCUUAAUUAAACUUGCUAUGGCCUAAAUUUUCAUCUGAUCUGUAUCCUCACAAAAUGUUAAAACUUUAACUUGCUGCAACUGUUGCAACAAUUCAUCUUGGACUUCUCUAGAGAUUGAUUAGAAUAUGUAAAGAUGGAAGCUAUGAACAAAGAGAUAUAGAUAGAAAGACUGAUCAAUAUAUAGAAGUUCUCAAACAGCUUAUUCCAUAAGCUUUAGGCUAUAGAAUUGAGGUAUUAUUUGGAUACAAAAAUAUCAAUGGCCAUGAAAUCGGAGGUGUAUUUAAGCAUGCCUAUUAUUAUGAAAAAAAGACUUAUGAGCUUUAAUUUAUCGAUGCCUUUACUGGAAACAGAGUUUCAAUGAUGAAUGUACUCUGUAUGGCUAGAAAGAAUAAUAUCCCAGUAAGUGAUGAAAAUUUACCUGCAUACAAUGUCUCGCAAUACUUGGGAAAAUAUAUCAAAGAAUAGUAUCAAUAAGGAGAUAAAAUUCAAAGAGCAAUCAAAUUGCUAAUGAAUCUUUAGUAAUUGAGAGGAUAAAAUAUUACUGGCACUCUAAAAGUAGAAUGGGAAAGAGCAAUAUUGGAUGAGAGUGAUUCAUAUACUGCAAAGUUAUUUGUAUCAUCUUGUUAAUUACUCGAGGGUCCUUGUGAUAUUAAGUUCCCAGACUAUAUGUAUAAAUGGAAAGGAGGCAAUUACACUUUUAAUUCUAUUGUUGAGGCAGCUAAAAUUCGUAAUCAAAUGUGA